AGAGUUUUGAAAUAAAUUAGAAUAAAGUUAGUUGGUAAUCAGAAAAAAAUAUGUUUUAGUUGGAAUUGACAAGUAUAUUGAAAUUAACCUUCAUGUAAUCGUUGUCUAAAGUGCAUCACUUUCUCAUGAAUAAUUCAAACAAUAGUGUCCCGCCCAAUACAAAUAAACAAUGAUUUAGUCAUACGAAUUACUAACAAUUAUUAGGUUCCAGACGAAAUCGAGGUUAAUAGGUUUUACAGCAGCUAUUUUUAUCAUUGUGUGAAACCAACAAUCGUGGAAAUAUAUCGUCGAGUGCAGAAAAGAAAGUAAAAUGCCCGAAAUAAAUGUGCAACAAACAGAAAGUGCUAAGAAAAAGCGUGGUUGUGGGUGCAGCUCUUGUUGUCUAUUCAUACCUUAUGCUAAUACAACUGAAUCGGAGGUUGAAGUUGAACAGGUUGUAUGCGAAAAUAUCAGUCAAGACACCUUUCCACACUUUGUGGAUGAUCUUCCGGACCCACUGGAACCUGGAACAAUAAUAAAAGUCACUGGAUUUGUUCGCCCCGACUGUUCAAGAUUUGCUGUUAAUCUAUGCUGCAACAGAUCACCAUCUAGUGAUAUCGCCCUGCAUUUAAAUCCUAGAAUCUCACAAAGGUAUGUUGUAAGGAAUUCGCGUAUAAAAGAUCAUUGGGGCUCGGAAGAGGUAACGUCAAUAACGAAGUUCGAACUUUCUCGAAAUAAAAAAAUUCACAUCGACAUAGUUGUAGCUGAUACUGAAUUCCUGAUCUCGAUAAAUGGUCGACACGUAUGUGCCUUUGUGUACAGAAUUCCUAUAGCGACUGUUAAGGCGAUAGUGAUUGAAGGCCCAGUAGAUGUUAGUGGGGUAGAAUAUGGAAAAACAAAUGUCUAUCCAGUAGUAAAUGGUCCAAUUGAAAACAUCGAGGAAAUUGUGAAAGAGGACGUGGAGUACAAUGGUUCUAGUCAUAAUUAUGAGGUUCCUUUAACUUUGUCGUUUCCAAAAGGUUUCGACAAAGGAUAUCAGUUGGAUAUCCAAGGAAGAGUGAAAAUUUUGCCAGCGAAUUUCUUUGUCAAUUUGCAAGAUGGACCUCAAUUGUGGCCACAUCCCAACAUAUAUCUUCAUUUAAGUCCUCGAUUUGGUUACUUAAACACCAGGCAUGUAUUUGUACGGAAUUCUUGGUUAGAUGGCGACUGGGGACCAGAGGAAAGAGUUGACAAAUGCCCAUUUACUCCAUCUUCUCAAUUUAGCAUCGCCAUCCGAAGUUACGUCGAUCAUUUUUCCAUUUGGGUGAAUGGGCAAUUAGCAGGAGAAUUCAAAUAUCGCGGUGAUCCAAGAAAGACAAAUACGCUAUACAUUCAAGGAGAUGUUAUUAUAACUGGGGUUGUUAUGAGACAUAAUAUAAGCGACAAAUAUUUUACUAAAAGUAGGCCGAGUAUAGAUUCUAUGUAAAUUAUUAUUUAGGGCAUAUGCUGAGUGAUCAACAACUUGACAACUUACACAUUAUAUUAUUUUAAGAUAUUUUGCUUAAAGGAUACAGUUAAGCUAUUUAAAUCAUAUUAAAAAAGAUUUAAAAAAUAAUAAGAUUAAAUUAUAUCCUCCCUAAUAUUGUUAACAUUUAAAAAUAGUUUAAAUCUUGCUAAAUCUAUUUUUAUUUAUGCGUUUGUGGCUAUGUUACUAAAGUACAAAAUUUAGGCGGUAUUUCGAGAUAAUGAUGUUUUUGUCAAUAUUCUUUUGUUAAAUAGUACUUCUCUGUUAUAAUUUUAUAAAAUUUGUUUUCAUUUUAAUAAAAUAUUCGUUU